CCCGCUUUCCAUGAACCAAUUUGAUCCGAAGGGGACACCGCAAGCACAUGGGACAUGUUUGCCUCAUGGUGUGAUUUCGACAUAGAGAAGCUUCAGGACCAAAAAUAAAUGGUCCCCACAAUGCCAUGCUUCUCCGGCCAGAUCUUGACAACCUGUUGGGGUCGUUCAAGAUGUGGUUCAAGCAAAAUGAUGCAGAAAAUACCUACACCGUUCAAACCGCAAUGCCACACCGUGAUUGUGGAACCGUUUGUACUUUUGUCAACCACGAUGCAACACCCAUCAGCCUCCCGGAGAUCUUAGCUUUGCAUGCAGCUUUUGCUCAUGUCCUCGAUGUAAGUGGUGCGGGAGAGUACAUAGAAUCAGCUUGGCAUAAUAGGGACUGGAUUUGUGUUUUGGCUGAAGAUGGGAGCACAGACACUCAUUUCUUGCAUUUGCUUUUCUAAGCCUAGACGACCAAGACGAAGAGGAGAUCAAUAUUAUUAAGCACUAAAGCCUCAAUGCCUAGGAAUCUGACUCUGCUUGUGCAGUGGUGGUCUGUACAUUCAACCUCUCGGUUUCCAUUUCCUUGUCCUUCAAAAAGGACGGAUGCCGGUGCGCGGGAGUGACCGACACUACGUGCCUAAGGG